AAGCAACGUUGAAAUAAUAUAUAAAGAAAAUUGAAAUAUUGAGAUGUGUUUGAAAAGUGAGGGAGGGAGUGAGCAUCAGCGGGUAUCAAUUUUCGAUGAGUACGGUUACGACUGGGAGAGGAUCAUCGAAGAAGGUCCGUUGUCAGGACGAUACUUGGACUACGCCCUCAUCGAUUCGUUGAUAGAAACGGUCGGAGAUACGAGAUUCCGUGAUCAGAUCGAGCACAUCUUGUCCAUUCCGAAAUUGGAUGGACCUGAUUCGGAGGCUUACUACAACCUGCUGACCAGCUUCAUCCUAGCAAAACAAGAAUUGGGCGUUCAUAACGCGUGCAACUUUAUGAAUAAAAUGAUCCUCAUGCACAUUCUCCUAUACAAACUAGAGGAUUCAACUCGAAUUCAGUUUCUUUCGCAGUUCGAGGGAAUCACAAACUUGGAGGAACUGUUGGAUUUUAUGUUAGACUUUGUGUAAACCUUAUUUUUCAGUUUUACUUCCCUUUUUUGUUGAAGCAUCUAAUCAGAUGUUAUUAUAUAAUAAUUAUAAUGUUGACGAGAUGUUUCCUUUUUUUUUUAUAUUUUAUACAGU